AUUUUGCCUCGCUCCCUGAUCAUCGGAUUCGGAAGCUACUUCUUUCCCAUUCUGGUGGCUAAUAGAUUAGAAGAUAGCACCGUAGAAUAAUAGAACAACGAUUUGAGGUAAGCAAAGGUAAGAAAGCGGGAUAAUUUCUCCUGCGGACCAGUGGUCCAGCGACGGAUCGUAAACUUCGUCCAUCUUGACAAUUUGAAUCAUUGUCGUCGGUUUUACCUGGCUUAACACGUCCUCAUCAAUACAUGUUCCUUUUCCUUGAUUGUAUCAGCGAAUCCUGUGCUUCGUUAUCGAGAAAGAACGGCGCACUAUAAAGGGAGACGCAGAGAAGGUUUUAAAAUCCCGUCGGACUUUUACUUCAUCCUCUGUCUGUUACAGCUCUGAGACCGAAGUUCAAGAUGGGAGUGUCACCGUUUACCACUUGCAUCCUGAGCAUCACCGUCUAUGUGUAUCUUCUGAGCCCCGUUUUGUGUCGAGCCACUCUGGAUUUCGCCAAACCCUCAAACAUCAAGGCCACCGGAACAGGAGAAAAACUUAAGCCAAAGGUAUUCAUAAUUGACAUGUUCAAGCCAGAGGGAGCUAUUUGGUACAAUAUACCCGAGUUCGACCUCCUCGCACGUAAUGUUACCGUUCCAGGGCUCUCCCCGCUGUUCCCCGAAGCGCAUUGCACCCAAGACGGCUCCAUCUGUCAGGUUAUCACAGGCGAAGCAGAAAUUAACGCUGCAUCAUCGAUUUCCGCUUUGGUGUACUCCAAUAUAUUCGACCUGACCACAACCUAUUUCCUCGUUGCUGGUAUUGCCGGCGUAAAUCCCAAGGUGGCAACGAUUGGCGAUGUAACCUUUGCUCGUUUCGCCGUCCAGGUCGCACUUCAGUACGAAUUUGACGCACGGGAGAAACCAGCUGAUUUCCCCACCGGCUAUGUUCCCCAAGGUGCCGUUGCUCCCGAUCAGUAUCCGACGAGUAUAUACGGGACGGAGGUUUUUGAGCUGAACACCGCACUGAGGACACUGGCUGUGGGAUUUGCAAAAAACGCGACGUUGAACGAUACCACGGCAACGCAGGAGAUGCGAAGCUUAUACGCUAAUAACUCUGCCUUCGCACCUGGUGCCUCCUCUGGACCAUCGGUGAGAGAAUGCGACACCGCCACGUCCGAUGUGUAUUUCUCGGGUACUCUACUUGGCGAAGCUUUCGAAAAUACAACGACCCUUUUCACAAAUGGCACUGGCGUGUACUGCACUACGCAGCAGGAAGACAACGCGACACUGGAGGUGCUCCUGCGAGCGACCUUGGCUAAACUUGCCGACUUUUCUAGAAUUAUCGUGAUGCGGACCGCGUCUGAUUUUGACCGGCCCCAUGACGGGGUGAGCGCUGCGCAAAAUUUGUUUGGAGAUGCACCUGGAUAUCAUCCAUCGGUGGAGAAUAUCUAUCUUGCGGGUGUUCGUGUGGUUGAGGGAAUCGUGAAUGGAUGGAGUCAAACUUUCGAACAAGGUGUCAAGGCAGAGAAUUACAUUGGGGACAUUUUUGGAUCGUUGGGGGGAGUUCCUGACUUUGGUCCUGGAAGCAGUACUUCGUUAAGGAAACGGAGGACAAAAAAUGCUCAAUUCACUUAAUCGGACGGAUGAGAAAA